AUGAAUUAGAAAAUUUUGAAGGAAAUUAUUAUAAUUUAUGUGAGCAGAGGAUAUUAGUUCCUAAAAAAAUAUUUUCAUCCUGAAGUGAUAAAAUUUAAAGAAUGCAUUGAAAUAUUCGAUUUUGAGAAUGCUUCUAAUUACAGGGGUUGUUAAUUCUAAAAAGAUCUAUGUGUAGAAGGAAAUGUGAAGAUAAAAUGA